UGUGGUCGUUUACUAGUCGUUCAGUCGUUUCACAUUUAGUCAAACAUCGUCAUCUGCCGCAGUGUGUCGUGGAAAUUAUUUGGUUUGUCGAUAUUAUUGUUACCAGUUUUAUAACGAUCUGUUUAUUUUUCUACCGUUGACUGUACUACGAGUAAAUAACAGAAUAAUUUCCGACGUGUCACCACCAAGGCUGUUCUAAAUAAUAUUCAUAAUUAUUAUUAUUGACUGAUUUUGUAUCAUUCUUCUUAUGACUAAAUGUAUGUACCUAGGAAUUACUAAUGAAUAUAUUCACCACGUAUUCAUCACCGACGACGACAACAACGAAUCAAGAUUAGAUUAGUGAGCAUGAACCACACACAGCUCAACGAGGAUAGUGCGCAAAUAUUGUACGCAACAUAACUAUUCCAAAGUAUGGAUGAUGUAGACGAGCCAGACGAACGAGAAGAACUGUUCUAUAAUAAUGUUAGAGAGAAAAUAAUUUUUCUCUUGCUAUUUGUUUUGUUGCUAGCGCUCAGUUAUGCCAUUAUUAAUCAUUAUAGAAAACGAGACAAUAUUGUCGUUUCUGUUCAAGAUGAAGAUGAUAUUACAGUUUAUAAAUAUAGUUUGUUGCUUUGUACUAUCGCACUGGCAGUUGCUGUCGGUGCAGCCCUAUUGUUACCUAUUUCGAUAGCUAGUAAUGAAGUGCUGUCUUUAUAUCCUUCCAGUUAUUAUGUCCAAUGGUUAAAUCACUCACUUAUACACGGUCUGUGGAGUUUGGUAUUUUUGUUUUCAAAUUUAUCUUUAUUUGUGUUCUUGCCAUUUGCAUUUCUAUUCAAUGAAUCUGAAGGAUUCCCUGGUCAUCGAAAAGGUUUAAAAGCAAGAGUAUAUGAAACAUGUACGGUGCUUUUGUUGCUUUCGAUAUUUGUUCUUGUGUUGACGUACUUGCUGUACACAAUUUUUUAUACUGAGCAAUCUCUUUUUUACAUGCUAUUCAAUUUAUGGAACAACUAUUUACCAUUCUUGUAUUCUUGCAUUUCAUUCAUCGGUGUACUUAUGCUAUUAAUAUGUACUCCAGUUGGAUUUGCUACCUUGUUUACCAUUCUAAGUCGGUUUAUGAUUAAACCACAACUACAAAAAACUACAGAUGAAGAAAUCAGCAUUUUAAGGCUUGAAGUAGAUUGUCUCGCUAGAAGAUUGGACCAAGUAACUAUAAAUGGUUUAACAUACAUGUCACCAGAACCUAUGUUGGAAGGAAAAAAACAAAAUAUAACUCGUACAGAGAAGGAGUUAUGGACAUUGCAAAAUGGAAAGUUAAAACGUGGACUAACUGAUAGAUUAUCAAUUCAUCAAGAAAGACUUGAUGUACUUGAAAAACAAAGAAAAAUAUCGGUAUUUCGUAAGUUAUUUUUAUAUCCAACAUUCAUGCUAUUGCUGUUAGCACUUACUGUUGUCACGGUUUUAUUAGUUGUCCAAAAUUUACUUUUGAUACUCAUUGGCAUAAAAGCUUUACCUCUUAAUACUAGACAAUUUACUUUAGGUGUGAGUUCACUAUCCAAAUUAGGGCCAUUUGGGGCUGGUUUGGAAAUAGUCAUUAUUUUAUACAUGUUAGUGGCCUCAAGUGUUGGUUUAUAUUCAUUGCCUAUAGUCUCUACAUACCGUCCACAUAUUAAACAAACACCAUUGACACACAUAGUAGGCAAUUGUACUUUGCUGCUUAUAUUAAGCUCUGCAUUACCAUUAUUAUCUAGAAUUCUAGGAAUUACAGACUUUGAUUUAUUAGCUGAUUAUGGAAGAAUUGAAUGGCUUGGAAAUUUCACAAUUGUUGCUUUAUACAAUUUCGUAUUUGCUUCAGCUGCUACACUUUGUUUAUUUAACAAGUUUACUUCAGCUGUACGAAAAGAAUUAUUAUCAAGACUCAAAAGUUUUUGGAAAUGGAUAAUGGGCCACGACUACAGUAUUACACACAUUAAUUCUAGUUUUUCAGUAGACAAUUCACCGACAAUUGCUAAAAAAAACAGUUAAGUCAUUUUAUUCUAAUUUAAAUUAUUUGUCAUUUUUAUUUUCUGUUUUAUUUUUUAAUUUUUUUGAUAUUUUUUUUUUAAAAUAAUUAUUCUAUUAAUGUCAAAUAAAUUUACUAAUUUUUACUUUUGUGAAUACUAAUUAGUAAUAUACAUCAUCAAAUUACAUUUUAUCUAUAUUAGAUAAAAAUUUAAAUUGACUGAUGCAAAUUAAUAGAUGUUGAUUGACAGACUGAUGGUAUGUUUAAACAUUUUGUUUCAUAAACAAAAAGUGAAUACCCUAAACAAUUUUGAGUCAUGAUAUUUAGUGUUUUUAAAUAAGUAAGUAAGUACAUAUGGGGAAGAAGCAAUAUAUUUGUAUUUAAAAUAUUAAAAUUGAAAAAUAUAAUAAUUUGAUUAAAUUAAAUGCAAUAUAAAACAGUGGUCUUCUACCUUAAAGCAGCGACCCAAUUUUAAGUCAUAAAUAAUUUUGAAUGGGUAGCCAAAAAAUUAGUUGUACAAAAUGUUAUUUAUUUAUGAAGAAUGACACUGGAAAUUGCAGCUGAUGAAACAAUAUUUCAGCAAAAAUUUGUGAAGAAUAUAAAGACAAUGAACAUGAUUUACCUAAUUUUGUAUCAGCUAUAUCUCUUACCAUAAUGUUCUGAUGAUUAGGUACAAGUUACAACAAAAUUAUAAUAAUAUUAUAUCGUUUUUAAAUUAUUAAAUUUAUAAUUUAUUAGGGUAAAUCUUGACUAACUUAAUGUUUUUCAAUUUUAAUGACAAUAACCUUGCCUAUCCAAUUUUUAUUAGAUAUUUAUGUAUUGCUUUUUUCCCUUGUGAUUUUUUUUUCAUUGCUUUUUUCCCUGGAUUCCAACUAAGUAACUUAAAAACAUAUUUUUCAUUUUUGUUAUAUCAUACGAUGCAUUUAAAAAAAAUAAAUGGUCCAUUAUUAAAAAUUAAGCAUUCCAUGAAUGGAUAUUAAACAAUACAUUUUUAUAAAUUAAAAUGUGAGUAAUGUGACCUGAUUAUAUUUUGUAUUUUAUUACAGAAAUUAUAUUUCUCUUCAUUUUCUAACAUAAAAUUUAAUUUUAGACAUUAAUGAAUAAUCUGACAAUUAUAUGUUUUUAUUAGUCAUAUUCAAUUAAUUAGAAGAUUAAUAAUUUAUUUUAUUAUAUUAUUGUGAAGCACAAAGUAUUAUGUCUGAACCAAAUAAUAUUCUUGAAUAUUUUUUAUGUAUAAGUCCAAAAAGUUUAAAAUCCUUUCAAAAAAAAAAUAGUUCUAUUUAUUAAGUAUUUUAGUUAGAAUUGUCAAUUGAGUACCUAUUAUUUUUAUUUAUUUAUUUUACUAGAUCAAAAACAAAUGUAUUAAUAAUAAUAAUUCAAUAUUCAAUGUUAUUAAUUUUUAAAUAAAUUUGUGAUACUUAGUACUAAAAUUAUGUAUACUGAUAUAUUGAGAAAAUAUUUAUUGUUAUUUUUUUUUUAUUCAUAUAGAGGUUGAUUUUGUUAAAGUUAAAUUGGGAAAUAUUUGUUAAUUCUCCUCCCCCCUCUUUUUUAGAUUUUAACUAACUAUUAUUUUUUAAUUUAAAAUUAUCCUACUCUCUUAUUUGAAAGAUCAGUUUCAACUAACAUACCAAAUGGCUACCUUUAAUUUUUACUCAGUUUUCAAAAAGAUAAGUUUCUGAAAAAAAUUAUAAAUAAUAUAUCUUACAAUUUAUUAAUACAUAGAAUUAUUUUUAAUAAUAUAUGUUGGAUUAUCUUCUUACAAUUUUCUUUCUAAUGAGAAUAACACAGAAUUAAAGAAAAAAGAUCGAGUGACAUAAACAUAGCACAUUACUAGACAUUUUAUUCUAUCGUUUUAUUCACAGUCUAUAGUGAUAAAUAAAGCAUUGAAAAAUAAAAUAUCUGUACCCACCCCAAAAAAACAUAUUUAUGUUAAAAACAAUUAUUAUUACGAGUAUUUCUCGAGAUAUGAUCUUAAAAUAUUGCCCAGUUUAACUUUCAUACAAAAUGUUGUAUAUUUGUCUUUCUAAGGUUCCUAUGUUCUUAAUUUUUAAAACCAUGUGAAUUUUUUCCUAAUUAUUUAAAACUUUUUGGACAGUUGCUGUUAAUGUUUUAUUAUUAUGCCAUUUGUUUUGUUUAUAUAUUUUUUCCUUUUGUUUUUAAUUUAUGUUUAAUUAAUCAACGAAUAAAAUAAUUGUCAACAAAAAA